AUGGUCGAGGCUUUAGGACUUCCAACCCGCGAACACCUCCGACCAUAUCGUUUGCAAUGGCUAAACAAUUGUGGAGACAUCCGAGUGUCUCAACAGGCUAGCCAAUUUGAUAGGAGCACUAGCCAUGAUGGUCGUACCAACAUGUACACUUUCCUUCAUAAAGGGAAGAAGAUCACACUUGCACCACUCACACCUAAGCAAGUGUAUGAGGACCAAAUGAAAAUUCAGCAAGAAUGUGAGAAAGUUGAUGAGAGGAAAAAAAUUGAAAAACAUGAAAGAAAAGAAAGGAAACGAUCCGUGCAAAAUGAGAGGGAAAAGGCAACAAAUGGGAUGGAUCAUGAGGAGUAUGAAGAUGUUUUUCCAGAUGACGUGCCAAGUGGAUUGCCACCCGUAAGGGGAAUUGGCAUUGGAGCAGUGUUGAUUCAGGGCGGACGACCAGUGGCUUACUUUAGUGAGAAACUAAAUGGAGCAAUGUUGAACUAUAGCACCUAUGACAAGGAGCUAUAUGCUUUAAUUCGAGCACUCCAAGUGUGGCAACACUACCUCCGACCCAAGGAGUUCGUCAUCCACACUGACCACGAGUCGCUCAAGUUUCUCAAAUCUCAAAACAAGCUGAGUAAGAGGCAUGUGCGAUGGAUCUCAUUCAUAGAGCUUUUUAGUAUGUUAUUAAGUACAAAACCGGAUCUAUACUCAACUGAUGAUGAUUUUGAGUUAGUGUUUGAAGCAUGCAAGCAAAAGGCCCAAGAGAAGUUCUUCAUAGCCGAUGGGUUCCUUUACUACUUGGACCGAUUAUGCAUUCCCAAAUGCUCAAUUCGUCAAUUACUAGUUAAAGAAUCUCAUAGUGGAGGAUUAAUGGGGCACUUUGGGAUAGCUAAAACUCUCUCAAUCUUGCAGGAACAUUUAUACUGGCCCAACAUGAGGAGGGAUGUCGAGAGAGAGGUUGCACGAUGCAUUCAAUGCCUUCGCGCCAAAUCCAAGGUAAAUCCUCAUGGUCUCUACAUGCCUUUGCCUAUACCUAGCGAGCCAUGGGUUGAUAUUUCUAUGGAUUUCAUUCUUGGUUUACCUAGGACAAAAAGAGGACAUGACUCCAUCUUUGUUGCAGUGGAUAGGUUCUCAAAAAUGGCACACUUUAUUGCAUGUCACAAAACUGAUAAUGCACCCUACAUUGCUGACCUAUUCUUUAAGGAAGUAGUCCGCUUGCAUGUGAACAUACUAGCCGCCAAGGCAGUACGACACCUUCAUGAAAAGGCGCGGGUAAACAUUGAAAGGCGCACGGAGCAAUUUGCCAGACAUGCAAACAAAGGGCGUAGGCAACUACUCUUCGAACCUAGAGACUGGGUUUGGCUCCACAUGCGCAAGGAACGCUUCCCUGAGAAACGACGAAGCAAGUUGAUGCCUCGUGGUGAUGGACCUUUUCAAAUUCUUGCCAAAGUCAACGACAACGCCUACCAACUUGACCUUCCAGGUGAGUAUGGUGUUAGCUCUACCUUCAAUGUCGCUGACUUACUUCCGUUUGAUGUAGGUGACGACUUCGAUUUGAGGACAAAUCCUUCUCAAGAGGAGGGGAAUGAUGAGGAACCACCAAGAACUCAUGUUGUCACUUCACAGGGCUCGAGUAAGGAUGACCUACGUGCACCAUCGAUAAACCUUGGACCGAUGACUCGAGCAAGGACAAGAAAGAUGCGUGAGAACCUCCAAACAUUUCUCCAAAUUGUUCAUACACGCGUUGGAAAGAUUCAAGAGGAUAAUCACACAAUGGUGAGCCUACUCCAAGUCCUUGGCGAAGCCACGGUUGACUAA